UGACUCUCACGACACAACGAAAGUACAAGGAAUGUGCCGACGUGUUCAAUAAUGACUCAUUUAGUCAAAACAUGUGACUAUUACCAACCAAAAUGGCGGUACAAGCUUCAUCCAGGAAAACAAGCGCUACGAUGUAAUUUAUUGUCAAAAUGUCGGCUGAUGAGAAUGCAGGCCUGAAGAGUGGGGACGGAGACACAAAGCCGUCGCUGACCACACCAGCUACAACCACAUCAUCAUCAAGUCUAAGUCAAGGCAGCACUGCAACAGUAACAUCAAAACCUUCAUCAACUCCUCUUAAACCCAAUUACACUCUCAAAUUCACACUUGCCGGGCACACAAAGGCUGUUUCAUCAGUGAAGUUUAGUCCUAAUGGUGAAUGGCUGGCAAGCUCAUCUGCAGACAAAUUAAUAAAGAUUUGGGGUGCUUAUGAUGGCAAAUUUGAGAAAACAAUUAGCGGUCACAAAUUGGGUAUAUCAGAUGUAUCCUGGUCUACAGACAGUCGACUUCUUGUCAGUGCUUCCGACGACAAGACUCUCAAAAUCUGGGACUUUGCCACAGGCAAAAGUUUGAAGACUUUGAAAGGACACAGUAACUACGUAUUCUGCUGCAACUUCAAUCCCCAGUCUAAUCUGAUUGUUUCAGGAUCCUUUGACGAGAGUGUGAGGAUAUGGGAUGUCAAGACCGGCAAAUGUUUAAAAACAUUACCUGCACAUUCAGAUCCUGUCACUGCUGUUCAUUUCAACAGAGAUGGCUCCCUUAUAGUGUCAAGUAGUUACGACGGGUUAUGUCGUAUUUGGGACACAGCGUCUGGCCAGUGUUUGAAAACAUUGAUAGAUGAUGAUAAUCCUCCGGUCUCAUUUGUGAAGUUUUCUCCGAAUGGAAAAUAUAUCCUUGCAGCUACACUUGACAACACAUUAAAAUUAUGGGACUACAGUAAAGGGAAGUGUCUAAAGACAUACGUCGGUCAUAAGAACGAGAAGUACUGUAUAUUUGCCAACUUCUCAGUAACAGGGGGAAAGUGGAUCGUGUCGGGCUCGGAAGACAAUAUGGUGUACAUCUGGAAUCUGCAGACAAAAGAAAUCGUCCAGAAGCUCCAGGGACACACAGAUGUGGUGUUGUGUUGUGCCUGCCACCCAACGGAAAACAUCAUCGCAUCAGCUGCGCUGGAAAAUGACAAAACAAUAAAGCUAUGGCGGAGUGAUGUGUAAUAAAGGGACACUUUUCUACCGAGUUGAACAUAUAAUAUGGCAGCAAGACAAUUGUACCACCAUCAUCAGACCUGCCUGCUCAUCGCCCUGUGUGGGUGGAUUAUCUCCCUUGCCACACAGACUCCUCACAGAUGCAAAGGUUAUUUGUCAGAAGAGUUUGAGAUCGUACUGCUGUUCAAAUUUUUCCAGUCAUCUUAAUUCCUCUCCAAUUUCACAUGGCUAAUCUGCCAGAAUUGGGGAUCAGGUGGGCACAAUGGCUGCAGAGUUGUGGUUGUAUGGCCAUGGUUGAUAUAGCAUGUUAUAACCUAAUUCCUUGUGGCCAACCGGCUCUGGUUGAUACAGAAUGUUCUAACCAGUUUUCUCGAGACAUGAUGUACUUUGUCAUGAGCUCAACUCCCAGGAACAUUUUGACUUAUGUUAUUUACAACUGAAAGUGAACCCCAUGAUCAGGUGCUCUUGUUUUUACUUGCCACAAGGCAUCAAAUCGCUCGUCUCUACUCAACUUUGUCCUUGGGGAUAUUGUCAUCAACAGCCAGCACACUGAGGUGAAAAAUAAUUGGUUUGAGACAAACCUGAGCGGAAGUUGAGUGAGGUGUAUUCCUCCUGUACUGUACUGCCUGCUGGAGCUCACUCUUAAUAGUCUUGCUGAGAACUCGCACAAAUAACCAACUCUAAGCAUGUCUAAGCUGUCUCAAACAUAAAAUCAUGAUAAAUUAAUUCAGAUAUGCCAGACCUCUGUUUGUGAGAGGUCCAUCUGAUCAGAGUCUAUGAUCUUUUGUCAAUGUCCAAAUGAUGCCUCUAAACCAGCAGUCACUGUUAUAACUGCUUCCAUACUUCCCUAGGAAAUAUCCACCGUAUCAUGCCGACCAUGGCCCACUUGCACUCAGAGAUUGUGGUACUGGGACCUGUGUCCCCAAUAUGAAAUGGGUUUAAUAUGUCAACCAACCAACCAGAGAUUUCUCAUUGCAAAUUCUACUUUUAACUCAAGUUCUGAUAUAUUUUCAGAAGAGCUACCGUUUUUUCAUCCCACAAACAUUUUUUACUCCUAAAUUAAUUGAUUCAUCUUUUUUUUCCUUUGUCAAAAAAACGUAAGGAUGACAGUGACUAAACUGGUCCUUAGACCUUGUGAUGUUGAUGAAGAGACAGAGCUCAGUUUACUGAGGCAACAGCCUUCAUACAUUCUACCAGUAUCCAUUUCCUGGUGGCAAGUGAGUCAGCAAUAUAUGAUGAACUUGUUUUGAUAGAUAAAGAUACUACAUAAGUUUUGUGUCAUCUAUGUGAUGGGUUUGAUGCCGGUUCGCCCUGAUGUGUCUAUAGGUUUGUCCGCACCCCACCCAUGUUCCUGGGGUUCACAAAAAGUGGUAAUUGUUCAUAGGGCCAUGGGGGGGGGGGGGGGGCAGUCGUCUAAGGCGCCGCGAUUCGUUGUGCAGAGUUGCGUCCCUUGGGCACGCCAGAAACCUAUCAUUGUGGGUAC